UGCUUCAGUGUGGCCGCUGCGCUCGCGCGCACAUUCGGUAACAGCGCGCAGAGAAACGGCGAACGAGCAAGAAAAGCUCCGGAAGCAAGAGCGCGCUCACACACACACACACACACACAUACACACACACACACACACGCGCGCGCGCGCGCUUCACAUUCGCCGCAGUUUCGCCACAACCAUCACUGCCAUGGAGAGAAAGCGUCCUGGUAUGCCAUCAGGACCACGGAUGCCCCAUCAGGGGGCGCCAAUGGGUCCUCCAGGCCCACCAUAUGGAGGAAACUCUGCUGUUCGGCCUGGGCUCACCAACCCGGCAGUGGAGUCCAACCGCAAGCGUCCCGCACCCUCACAACAACACAUCCAGCAGCAGCAGCAGCAACAACAGCAGCAAACAGGACAGAACAGAAACAGGAAGAAGCCGGUGGGAUAUCCUGGAGCCAGUGAGAUGCCAGGGAGACAGAUGGACAUGAGAGAGGCCCAAUCAGAUCCCACACUCGGAUCAAACACCAAGAGGAGGAAAAUGGCUGAUAAGAUUCUUCCACAAAGGAUUCGUGAGUUAGUCCCAGAGUCCCAGGCUUAUAUGGACCUGCUGGCCUUUGAGCGCAAACUGGACCAAACCAUAAUGCGCAAGCGGGUGGACAUUCAAGAAGCACUGAAAAGACCCAUGAAGCAAAAGCGCAAACUGCGACUCUACAUCUCCAACACCUUCAACCCAGCCAAGCCUGACGCAGAGGACUCCGACGGCAGCAUUGCAUCCUGGGAGCUACGGGUGGAGGGAAAGUUACUUGACGAUCCAGGAAAAGUGAAAAGGAAGUUUUCAUCCUUCUUUAAGAGCCUGGUGAUUGAGCUGGACAAAGAUCUAUAUGGACCAGACAACCACCUAGUGGAGCUGCUGAGCAGCGGGGCUCAGUGGCAUCGCACUCCCACCACUCAGGAGACUGACGGCUUCCAGGUGAAAAGGCCAGGCGAUGUCAAUGUACGCUGUACUCUGCUGUUAAUGCUGGAUUAUCAGCCUCCUCAGUUUAAGUUGGAUCCACGGCUCGCUCGGUUGUUGGGUAUCCACACUCAGACCCGCUCGUGUAUCAUCCAGGCCCUGUGGCAAUACAUCAAAACCAACAAGCUGCAGGACUCCCAUGACAAAGAGUAUAUCAACUGUGAUAAAUACUUUCAGCAGAUUUUUGACUGUCCUCGACUGAAGUUCUCCGAGAUCCCUCAGCGUCUGACUAACCUGCUGCUUCCCCCUGAUCCCAUCGUCAUAAACCAUGUCAUCAGUGUGGACCCAAACGAUCAGAAAAAAACAGCCUGCUAUGAUAUAGAUGUCGAAGUGGAGGAUCCACUCAAAGCCCAGAUGAGCAACUUCCUGCUCUCAACAGCCAAUCAGCAGGAGAUUGCCUCUCUUGACAACAAAAUCCAUGAGACUAUCGAGUCCAUCAACCAGCUGAAGAUUCAACGAGACUUCAUGCUUAGUUUCUCCCGAGAUCCCAAAGGUUACAUCCAGGACUGGCUGAAAUCCCAGAGCAGAGAUCUUAAAAUAAUGACAGACGUCGCUGGGAAUCCAGAGGAAGAGAGGCGGGCAGAGUUUUACUACCAGCCCUGGUCUCAGGAGGCAGUCAGUCGCUACUUCUACUGCAAGAUUCAACAGCGAAGGCAAGAGCUGGAACAAGCCUUGGCUAUGAGGAAUACCUAGACCAAACCCAGACACCAGCUCUCAAUCUGACAACACUUCUACAGUCUGAGCCACACGAAUAUCCUCAUUAUUGCCACAUUGUUUUCUACACUCAGUGUGUGUGUUUGUACGUGUGUGUGUGUGUGAGUGGGUGUGUGUCUCCUUGUGUUUUAGUCACUGUGACCCAAGGCCCAAUCACACACAGCCAUUUCGAGGACUCCUCUUUCUGACUCAGCUAGUCACGGUGCUCUGCCUCCUAAUAUAUUUUAAAAUCCUAAACCCAGUUGCCAUAUUCUUGAUCCUUAAUGCUGAUCUUUAAAAUGUGACACAAGUGUCAUGUACUUCAGAGAUGAAACACCGGUCUCCCAAGUGGAAGCAUGUCAUGAUUAGUCCAACAGAAUUUUUGUUUGAUACACUUUUUUCAACGAUUUAUCAGUAUUAUUGCUUUGAUCGUUUUAGCUCGUAUUUAGUUUGUUCCCUCUCAAUGUAUAAAGCUCUUCAGUAAGCUGCUGCUUAAUGGAGUGUAAUUCUUGGACAUGUACAAAUGAUUUAACUACCUAUAUUAGAAGUGCGUACCCACCUUUAAUAUGAAUUACAGCAAACUAAGCUGUAAGAAAUUAGUAUGGUGUGUGUGUAAGGUUAAGGAGCUAUUAUGUGGAUGUGUAACUAUAGGCAUGCACAAAACAAGACUUAAUCUAAGGCGGUAUGAGCAGUUUUUGUAUUAGCUAGUCUGCCAGGCAAGGAAUCACUCCAGAUAAGAGCUGCGACUAGGAUAAGAGCUACAGAAUAUGGAUGGAUGCUACAACGUGAGGUGAUGGCAAGUAGUAAAGAGUUACAGAGAUUUUAUUUUGCUCGGUUGCUUUUAUCAGUGUUUCCAAUACCUGUGUGAAAAAAAAAUUGUCUGACAUCCAUGCACGCUAAUUAGUAAUUAACUACAUUGUAAAACAACACUAGUUAGGAUGAACUACAGCGUUAUUCAGAAGCAGCAUUAAAGUGUGUCUCACGGCCAUGGAGUGCAUUUUUGUUUCAUGGAAGUCAGUCAGAACUACCGGCAGCCAAGUAUGAAUGAAAAAUGACACGUUUGUUCAUCCAUGGACUGUCUUUAGCUAUAGCUACUAGUUCCCUAAUCCUGAUUCCUGUGUUCAUUCUGUAUUGUCUGUAAAGCAAUCGACUGGUCAAUACUCACCCCGGAGGUUGGAGUUUCACACCGUAUUCCACCAUAGAUACUCUUUAUUCUAAUCUCUACAAAUAUAUAGAGCAGUUCUCAAUCUGAUGUAGGUAGUAAAUAGGUAAAAGUUUGUACAUAUGUAAGAAUUACUCCGUACUGAACACUAAAGACAAUAUAAAGCGGAGACAAUGUUAUUUUUUUUUUUUAGGUUUUAUCAGUAUUAUAUAAUGUCAUUUCAUAAAGGAUGAAACGACAUUGUGUAAGAUGUAACUUGCUCCAUGAUUCAGAUUUUUAAAGAUAUUUGAAGAGUCGCAAAAGUUCAGAGAAUGAAUGGCUAAUUUAUUUUUCCAUUAAUUGCAACAUAUAUUCAGACUUAAAGCAGCAUAAAUCCCAACCUUGUUCAUUUAUGUUUCUCCAAACUAAACAGAAGGAGAAAGAAGGAAAGCAAUGUGUAGCCAAUUAGCUUUUAUGCAGCUUUUUCUCAAAAGUAGUAAAUGCCUCUUUUUUUACGUUCAAGAGCUUCCCAUCUAUAAUUGUUGUUUGACAUUUACAACUGUAUUGGCACAGUCUAAAAGCAGGGACUUUAUUUAAAUCAUAACCAAUAAAACCCCAUGAAAGCACAUGGUUUCUACACAAACAGGAAAUUGCCACCUGCAACUCAAAACGAUGUGGAACCUGUCACAUAUGAUUAAGAUCAUGUGAUCAACUUCUCCUUAACAAACCCAUGCGGUUUUAUUGAGUCAAGUUUCUAUGAAGUAUAAUGACCUAUGCUGCUGGCCAGCAGUCCAUGUGUGAAAAUCUGCUUUCUUCAGCUGAAUCUUUGCAUUUGAAUGAAGAUAAUUAAACAACUCAUACUUGAAGUAUUGAAAUUGGAAAGUAUUUUAAAACAUGUUGUUCUGAGAGGUCUUUAACCUACGAUAAAGGGUUGUGUGAAAAAAGUAAUUAUUCUAAUAUGAAGCACAGUAAAUUGUUCAAAAAUUAAUACCUUUGUUUAAAUACUUAAAAUCAACAGACCACAGGUCAGGAUUGUAUGAACAUUGAAAUCAUUUAAUUGAUAUCUUGUGAUAUUAAUAUCAGUGGGCCCAAAUUCUCUGUUUACUGUACAUGGAAUUAUUAACAGUACUGAUAUUGUAUUCUGUCUGUCUUAUGGCCUUCAUGUUGGAUUUCUACCAGAGGCCUCAGCAGCUUAGGUUUAAAGUAUUUAUUAUGUAAUUUCACAAUGAAGGGCACUGAGUAAAUGCUGUAGAAACAUUAAAUAUCAUGUUUAGUUUGUAGUUUAACAAGAAAAAAGAAAGAAAUAGAAAAAACACCUCAGUCGAGUACCAAUUUUUGCACUAAGUUGUUAAUCACGAGUCGGUCAUUAAAUAUUGUUCGCUUGACUCAAGGGAACAAAAUGAAGGAAAAGUUGACCCGUGCUCAUUUUGUUAGUCGAUAUGUUGUGUACUGUAUCACUGGUGUAAUAUUGUCCUCACUCCCCAGUGGCUGUGUGUGUUGGUUUCCAGACAGUUAGAGGGUUUACAACCAGGUAUAAAUGGAUCCAAAUGCAUCAAACAUCAUCUCGUUCACAGUUUCAAUGCAGCCUCGGUCAAAAAUGAUCCCCGGGGUUCAGCAUACACUUUCUUAAAAGCCUAUGCAUGCUGCAUGGACAGAUUUUUAUACUUUCAUACACUGAUGUUUAACACUCUUCAGACUGACAGAGGAAGGAAGAACAACGACUCACAGAAGGUCAAAGCUAUAAAAAAAAGGACAAAUGAUGACCCAUUGUGGUCAGCUACUGUGUUUUUUUUUUUUUUUUUUUUUUUAAGUCUUCUGUAUUGCUGUUGUCUUGUCUUUAUAAAAGACUUAGUGAUUUUAGUAUGGAAAAAAGUAGCACACAACAGAUUUCUACUAAGAUCCAGCAUCCAGGUUCUGUGUAGUUCAUCAAGACAAGAGCGUCCCCUACUGAAUCUUCUGAAUUACAGCAUCACCGUAUCACAGACCAUGCUACAUUUCAGCUUUUUUUUUUUUUUUUUAGCUUAACCACUGUGUGGAGCCUUAAUUGCCCACUAUUUCUGUUCUGCUGAUUUUUCAUUCCUCAGCCCACUAGCCAUCAUCACUGACUCACCUGGUGGAGUGAUGAAGCCGCUACAGUCUAAAAAUCUAUCACUAAUGGUGUGGUGGUGGGUUUGUCAUUGUUGUUUUAAUCAACUGUUCUAAACAAAUGUAACAUAUUCAUCUGAUACAUAUUUCACCACAGCGAUAACACUGACAUGUCGAUUGGGAGUUGCACUGCUAGGUUGAAACACCACCCAAAAAUAUCCCCCAAAUUAUGCAAAAAAUUACUAAAGUAACUCGUGUAAUCCUUUGAGCCUAAUGCACAAGUAUGCUUAAGGGAAGAAGUUGUUCUUCUAUAUAGGCUUACUCCUGCAUGCAAUUCUUUACUCACGUCUGUGUUGCAAGUCAAUUUCCACCAGCUCUUGAUGCCAGCCGUGGCCUGUAUUUUAAGUCUGAUGUCAACACAGAGCAAUUUGUAUGCAAUGGAUGCACAUGAUGUAUUAACCGAGUGGUUUUCUAGUGAAUGUUAAUGAACCUUCUGAACACAUGCAGUAGAGUGAGUAGGGUGUUUCUGAUGCUAUACUAAGGUUACGUUUCUCACUCUAACUGUUCUACAUUUUUUUUUGUUGUUCCACUUUCAACAGAGAGAAUCACAAGUGUGGAUGUAAAUAAAAAAAAAAGCGCUUGCCAAAGUUUGCAAAAGAAACC